AUGGAGCCAAUGUACGUUGCCGAGGACAGCAGCGGUAGCGCCGAUCAGGCCACCAGAGAGAUCCAGCAGUUGAGGGCGGCGUUGGAAAAAGAGAAGGCGCAGAACGCGCAGCUCAGCGAGGCGUACAGCGCGCAGCAGGAGGCGUACAGGGCGCAGCAGGAUCUCUUGGAAAUGAACUGGGCGCUGCAUCAGCACAUGGUGGAUGCAUUGGCUCACAAGACGUGCGCUCAGAAAAGGGUCGAGCACGACUUCUUGGUCCGGAAAGCACAGAGAGAAAAGCAGAAAGCUCUAAGGGCGGCUGGCUUCGUCUCGAAGCCUUGCGAUCCCAAUGCCGAACGUCAGAAGCCGGUCGGCGAGAUCACUGACGACGAGGCGCACAGCGGCGCUGGCGCCUCGGACAGGGCUGAUGCUGGUCCAACAGCUUGGGCUCAGUGA